CACGUCGCUACGGCUCGCACUCUGCCCCUCGUGAGUCCCGCGGGCUUUAUCUCUUCUGCUUCCCAUCCCCAGACCGGCCUCUUCCUGGUCUACUGCUGCCUCUCCUUCUUCUUCUUCUUUUGAUCUUGCGCCUGCAUCUGUCUAUUUUGCGCUGUUGGCCGUCAUCCUCGCUCCUCCCUCUCUGGUUAUCACAUUCUCCGCCUCCAAAUGGAGCGCGAGCGACGUCAUCCGUCUAGCCGGUCAUCGGGCCCGCCACCAAUGGACACCGCCAUAGGCGACUACAGCAUCGGCAAGGAGAUCGGCAAGGGCUCCUUUGCUAUGGUCUUCAAGGGUGUGCACACUAAGACCGGAACCCCAGUUGCCGUCAAGGCUGUCCUGCGGUCGAAACUCAAGAAGCGACUACUUGAGAACCUUGAGACCGAAAUCGAAAUCAUGAAGACUCUAACCCAUCCGCACAUCGUCCAGCUCUACGAGAUCACACAGUCGUCGACCUAUGUCCAUCUGAUCAUGGAGUACUGCGCCCUAGGCGACCUCAACGUCUUCAUCCGCAAGCGCGAUCGCGUCUCCAACAUGCCUCUUAUCGCUUCCAUCAUGAAAAAGUUCCCCAAUCCGCCAGACGGGGGUCUCAACGAAGUCCUCGUCCGCCACUUUCUGAAGCAGAUGGCCUCCGCCAUCGCGUUCAUGCGCGAGCGCAACCUCGUCCACCGCGAUCUCAAGCCCCAGAACAUACUCCUCUGCCCUCCUCCUCGCACCGAGCAGGAAGCGAUCGAGAAAAACCACGCCGGCACAUGGGGUCUGCCGGUGCUCAAGCUGGCCGACUUUGGCUUUGCGCGCAUUCUUCCAAACACCAGUCUCGCCGAAACGCUCUGCGGCUCGCCGCUCUACAUGGCGCCCGAGAUCCUGCGCUACGAGAAAUACGACGCAAAGGCGGAUCUGUGGUCUAUCGGUGCGAUCCUUUAUGAGCUCUGCAUGGGCAAGGCGCCGUUCAAGGCCGAGAACUACGUCGAUCUCGUGCGCAAGAUUGAGAAAAACGAGGACCGCAUCAACUUUGCCGAGACAGUCCCGGUAUCUGAACCACUCAAGCGAUUGAUUCGCGGACUCUUGCGCAGAAAUCCCGUCGAGCGUAUGGGAUUCAAGGAGUUCUUUGAGGACGACGCCGUGCGUGGCGAGAUCCCGCAAGUCCAGGAAGCGCCCAGUUUUGUUGCCGAUAUGGACGAUGAGAAGUACAUCACAGAGUAUCUCUCCAAGCCUUCGCACAGCAAAGCGUCGUCGUCAUCUCCCCGCAAGAGCUCGAAGCAGUCUUCUCCGCCACCUCAGACACCUGCUGUUGCUACUGCUGAUACUGCAAACUCUGAGCCAGGUCCGUCGCCGGCUGCUAUUCCUUCUAGACCCUCUCAGGUCCCCAUACCUCAGCGUCUACCCAGUGGUGGGAAGGUCCACCAAACAGCUACUCCUGUUGCAGCUGCUGCUGCGGCUCCUCCUACGCCUGCUCAUAGAUCUGCUUCGCCGCCGCGCGCAAUCUCGUCGUUUGCCAACCGCAGACCAUCGCUUGAACGCAUCGAAGAGCCAAAGCAGCCUUUGGAUGAAGCCCAGUCGCGGCCGCCACUGAAGUCGACGUCUUCUGCUUCUAGCAGUGCACCACAGACUGUGCCGGGCCUUCAGCAAGAGAGCCGCGCGCGCGAGCAUUCUAGUUCGCAGUCCAGCAGCCGUCGCUCUUCCGCGUUUAGUAUCCAGACGCCGCCGAUCACUUCGGCUUUCAAUGGCCCACUGGCUGGCACGCCGUCUAUGGGAAAACCCGAGGACGACAUUAUGUUCGAGCACGAGUACGUGGUAGUCGAGAAGCGCACUGUCGAAGUCAACGCGUUUGCGGACGAGUUGGCGAAUAAUUCGCCCAAGCAAACCGCGCACCAGCGGCGGUACUCGUCGUCGUCGUCUUCGUUCAGACCGAUCUUGUCCCGUGCGAACUCAUCUUCAGGAAGAAGCGGAUCGUUUGGUAGAUACGGAGAGUCUCCUACUUCGACCCUUGGACGUGCGCUUGCGAUGGCGAGCGCGCGAUUGAUCGGUCGUAGCUCAACAAGCAACGCUAGUCGUGGAUCUUCGCCGCGCGAGCAUCACUAUGUGGAUGAGCCCGAGAUGGCGGUUAUCUUGAAGCUGGAAGAUGCGGCGGUGAAAUCGAAUGCGGUGUACGAAUUCGCAAACGUCAAGUUCUCGCAACUGAUGCCGUCGACGCCUUCGAGCAACGUGAUUCUCACGUCCGACCUGACGCCGCAGGCUAUCGUCGGUCUUUCGGAAGAGGCGCUGGUGCUGUACGUCAAGAGUUUGUCGUUGCUAGCCGCGGUCAUGGAUCUCGCGGCGAGCUGGUGGAUGUCCAAGGACGCGGCCCGAGUCUCGCCCCGUAUCGUGACGGCCGUUGAAUGGAUCCGCGAGCGGUUCAACGAAGCGCUGAACAAAGCGCAGCUCGUGCGCAUGAAACUGGCCAACCCGACCGGGGGCGUAGGCGCUCCGACGCCGGCUGCCACUGCGGAGGACUUCAGCACGGGUGUGACGGCGGAGAAGUUGCUUUACGAUCGGGCGGUGGAGAUGUCGAAGUCUGCGGCGAUGAAUGAAAUCAUGGGCGAAGGUCUUGCCGAGUGCGAGACUAUGUAUGAGACUUCGAUCUUGAUGUUGCAGGCGAUUCUCGAUUCUGAUGGGGAUGCUGUGAUCGAGGAGGACGAUGCGCGUUCUGUAGAAACGAUUAUCGCGGGGAUCCGAGACCGCUUGGCGACUCUGCGAAAGAAGUUGGAGGCCCAGCAGGCUGGUUCUGUACCUGGAUCCACCUCUGCUUCGCGCACGUCCAACGCUGCUAGCUUCCAGCAGCAGUACGUCGUGUAAGUUUCCGGUCAGGUCUCUCUUGAUUGCACAAGUCUCUUUUGUGCUCGGUGUUUGGUGCUCAGCGUCGGCGGUUCUCUCUGGAUCUAGGACAAGGAACACAAAUCAAUUUGAUCUCUCUCUCUCUCGU